AUGCAGGCAUCCGAUCGUUAUGUGAUGAUGGAGAGGACUGCAAGGGAUGAAAUGGACAUGGAAGAGGAUGUACACAAGCUUUGCGAGCAUUGCAUGGACAAUCUACUGAGGUGGUUGGUGGCUGCUGCGGUAACGGCAAGUGUUCAUGAAAUCAAUAAAAUGUUUUUGGAUGCAGCUGCCGAGGAGGCGAGGAGCCCAACGACGACGAGUGCACCGAUAUACCUGGAGGGAUUGUACGAGUCUGUGUACAAUGCGAGUUGGCACCAUGUGGUGGAAAUUCCCGACGGCGAGGGGACGGGAAUGGAGGUGCAUGAGGGGAAACCGGAACAGUCAUGGACGUACAAGAAAGCUGGCAACACCUUCGAAAAGGAUGACGCUGUGCAGCAAUCCGAUGAAGCACCUCCCCUGUUGAUGGUGCUCACCUCGGACAAGGGAUGGCCGUACACGCUGAAUGUGCUGCAUGGGGCUGGUAAUGACUUUUGUGUUAACUCUGAGGUGGAGCGAGCGUGGCAGAUCGUCCUUGACGAUCUAACCAAGUGGUUCAGCAAUUUUGAUUUGACUCUCAAUUCUUCACCUUUGCCGCGUGUGUUGAUUGGGACGCCCGGGAUCGGGAAGUCGAUGGCUGCCGGCUCGUACCUCCUCUACCAGCUGCUGCACUACGACGUCGAGAAACUCCAAGUGGUUGCCCACUGUUUUGGUGGACGUGAUGCUUACGUGUUUGACAAGACCACCAAAAUCGUGACAAGAUACAGUGAUGAGGACAUGUGCAUCAUGGCUUUGAGAAAUUUAAGGGAGCGUGGGAUGAAAGGGUAUAUUAUCUACGAUGUGGCAAAGAAAGGAACGCCACCACUGAGACAUUUUGCGCCCUCUACCGGAUGGGGCAUGAUUGUGGUGUCAUCGCCAAAGGUAACCAACUAUGAUGAGUGGGCGAAGCAAACAAAAGCCAGGCGAAUCAUCAUGAACUGUCCCGACGAGAUGGAUGUGAAGGCGAUGUGUACGUGGAUGAAGCAUAAUGAGACUCCAGAUGAGCAAGCGGGAUACUGGAAAGAGGUCAAAGAACGCAUGGAGAAAGUGGGGCCGAUUCCACGUCACAUCUUUGAUGCGGAUGAAUAUAUUGAUCGCUUGGGUGCCGUUAAUGGUGCCUUGUUAUCGAUCAAAGAUAAUGAUGCUGAAAAGUACUUUCCCCUGGGAGGAGAGAAAAAAUGGUAUUCCGAGGAUCCGUCUCACAAACUUGUGAAGAUCGUCCGGGCGAGAACAGAAGAAGGUGCUGAGAUAUUUCUGAACGCACCGAUAUGUGAUGAUAUCGGGUUUCGAACUGCGGACCGUUUGGCAAAGGUAAUGGGUGCAAAGGAUUUUUUGUUGCUAAUAUUGGCAUCGCGUGGUGCUCUUGCUUCCACAUAUGUGGAACAAUUAGGUUUGCGCGCCUUCAUGUAUGGGGAGUUUGUCAUUGCACUAUUAAAGGAACUCAAGGAGCUGAGGCCACCAGAACGUGAAGCACAGGAAUCAGUGCUGAAUGUAAACCAUCAAGGGUACCCCACUCGCACCUUUGGAUUACCGUUGAUGGAAAAAGUUGAGAAGAAGAUUAAUAUUGAGUACCGGGUGCUGUACAUACCGUGGGCCACAAACUUUCCGCUGGUGGACGGCUUUUUCUUUGUUGAUUCGCCGCGGAAGACGCUGGUCGGGCUGCAGAUGACUACGGCGGGUGCGCACCACACCAUACCCAGCACUGUGAGGCUGUUCAAAAAUAAUAUGGUGACAUAUUUUAAUGGUUGGGAGGAAUUUUCUGAAGGAUUGGCGUGGGAUAUUAUUUAUGUGCAGCACGAAAACAGCACAAUGAUAACGAACUGGCAGAGAUGCGGUCCCGUCAAUACCAAAAAUUUGAGCGACGCUGAAAAAAAAAUUGUGGCGUUCUGGGACGGAAAGGUACACGAAUACCAGUUUGUGUUGACAACUGAUUUUGUAAAUAAAAUCCGAGCAAAGUGA